AUUUUCUUAUCAACUCAACAAAGACAUAGCUGGAGCUGCUGAGAAGGAAUGCAAGCUCAGGUUGCCAGCCGCGGUUAUUGUAACUCAGCCUGGAUUUGUUCGUGCACCCCAAAACUCAAACUGGCAGACAAGCAUGUGUGAUUGCUUCAGUGACUGCGGAGUCUGUCUCUGUGGCACAUUUUGCUUUAUGUGCCUUGGAUGUCAGGUUGCAGCUGACAUGAAUGAAUGCUGUCUGUGUGGAACAACUGUGGCAAUGAGGACUCUCUAUCGAACCAGAUAUGGGAUCCCUGGGUCCAUUUGCGAUGACUACAUGGCAACCCUUUGCUGUCCGGUUUGUUCUCUUUGCCAAAUAAAGAGAGAUAUCAACAGAAGGAGGGCAAUGAACGCCUUCUAAAAAAGAUUCAUGAUGAAGAGCUUUUAUCGAAGAAAUUAAAACCAGAAACCAUCUCUUCAACCUGAGGGAUUUGACUUCUCCAUCUUUUCCCUGAAGUGGGAUGGAUAUAUUUCAUAUGAUGGUAUUUUAAAAAGUAAAAAAUUUUCAAGUGGAUGUUGCCCCCUUAGCUCUCUGCUGAGAUCCCUUGGCCCAUAUUAUCAAAUUUUCUAGUUUCUAAUUCCUUGUAUUAAACUAUGAGCCAAAUAAAAGACUUUACUAAUAAAACUGUUUUUCAUUU